AUGGAAUUCCCACGUGACAAAGGCCAAUAUGUCUUGACCGCCACCAUAGGCACGGCUGAGUUCGCCACCAUGCACAAGGCCAAACACGUGAAUCCGGCCACCGGAGAAGAGUUUCCGGUGGGAAUCAAGAUCGUCCGCUUCGACAAAAUCAAAGACGACAUAUACUUUAUGACGGGAGAAUUACGGCAAGCCAAAACGUGCGACGGCCACGAGAACACGGUCAGCGUCCACUGUUCCUUCACGACUUCCCCGGAUAAUCAUCUCUGGAUAGUCAUGACCCCGCUGCCCGGCUUCUCGAUCCGGUCAGUCAUCCGGUCCUCUUUCCGACAUGGGCUGCCCGAGAAAUCGGUUACCUUCAUCCUGAAAGAAACCUUAAAAGCCCUAGUCCACAUGCACGGGAAGAACAUUCUGCACCGCUACAUCGGUGCAGACUGCAUCUUCCCGUGCAGCGGGGAGGAAUAUCCCGGCACGAUCAAAUUGGCGCUCCGGUCACUCUCGUACCGCCCGAGUAAGGAAUCUCCGGGCGGCUGCUACCCUGAUUGGACAAUCGCCCCAGAGUUUAGCGAGACCCACGGUGGGAAGUGCUUGAGUGUUAGCACUAAAGAAGGCGAUGUGUGGAUGUUUGGUUUGCUUGCCCUGGAAUUGUUUUACGGGCGGAUUCCGGGUUCGGAUUCAGGGAGAUUCGAAAAGUUGCUAAAGAACAAGAUGGUUCCGGUGGGUUCUAGUUCAAGGUUUCUCGGGUGUUGUUUGAAUGGAGGGGAGAGAAAGGAGAUGCCGGAGCAGCUGAGAGAGGUGGUGGCGGCGUGUCUUGCCGAUAGACCGGGGAAGAGGCCGACGGUGAAUCAGUUGAUGGAGGAGUACGACUUGUUCCGAGUCGACUUUCCCGAAGGGCUACAGGGUUUGGAAAAACUGAACAAAGCUUGCAAGAACAUGAGGUGA